UCAGCACUGAAACACAAGCAGCAACACCCACCAUUGUAAUUUCUUUUCUCUCUCUCUUGUUUGAAUCAUCACAGAGAGAGUGAGAGAAACAAACUACAUAUUAUUAUUAUGUGAUGUGAUGAUAUGUUGAUUUUCUCUCCAUCCAACUCUUUCACUCUUCCUUCCCAAUUCCCCCCACCCUCAUGCCUCGUUCCCACCUUCGUCUGCGCUUCUUUUCGCCGCCGCAGUCGUCGCCGCAACCGUCGCAACAAGCUCUCCUCCCCCCUCACCACCACCACCACCUCGUCGGAACCCAAGCUCGAAACAGUUCUCGACCUCACUCACCUGACCCCUUUCCAAGUUCUCAUCCCUUCCUUCCGUUCCGAAUUUCGCCGCUUCAUUUCAUCCGGCAAAGACGCUUACCGCGAUUUGCAGACCCUCUUCACUCUCGACGAUAACCGCAGACUCGUGGUUUCGUGUCGCCCUUCCACCUUGCAUUUCGUGGGAACUUCAGCGGCUCUCACCUUCCUCGUGUUGUCUGUUUUCAGGGUUUUGGUCCAAUUGGUUUCUGGGUUUGGCUCUUGGCGUCGAAACGCCUCUACCUAUAAGCCCGUGGUGCGUAGGGACCGGAGCCUCGGGGGAAAGGAGGUGGUUAUUGCGUGGGGUGAAAGUCAGAGUCAGAGCACCCCUGCUUCCAGGGUUCAGCGCACUGCUAUUGCAAAGAACAAGGUUCGGGUCGAAAAGAAAUUGCCAAAAUGGUGGCCAAGUGUGAUCAAUAAUGCUGCUGUUGUCUUCGACGUCAAUGAGCGAGAUGAAUAUAAGAGAGAGGCUUACAGAGUUGUUCGAGCAAUUGUCGACAAUAGGAUGGGCGGAAGAGACAUCUCAGAGGAUGAUAUAAUUCGUCUGCGUCAACUAUGCAGAUUUUCUGGUGUUCAAGUGUCUGUGGAACCAACAAAUAUCCGGGACUCCUUAUACCGAGCAUCUGUUAACUAUGUUCUAGAUGCUUGCAGCAGUGCACCUACUACCUCUACUUCAAUUGAUAUCAAUGGUGAGGAUGCUCAACAAUUCCUUGCUGGAUUUGCUGAAAACAUUGGCCUUGAAAAUGUUCGUGCUGCAACAAUUGUGUGUGCAGCUGUUGCUGCAAGUACACGCUCCCGUCUUCUACAGGCUUGGGCUCUCGAAAUGCAAGGAAAACAUGUUGAUGCAACGGUAGAACUGUCAAAGAUAUGCCUUCUUCUACGAAUAUUUCCUCCUGAGGAAUCUUCUCCUGAAAUGGAGAUGGUUAGUCGGGGCCUACAGAAACACUUAAAACUGGAACAAAGAAAACACCUAAUGUUUCUCUUUGGUAAAGUUUGUGGUGAGGACAGUCACAGGAUUGCAAGAGAAGCCCUUGGUUUGAUGCAUUCUGAUCAACUUGAGGACAAGAUGGCACUGUGAAAGAUAAUCUCUGCCUGCAGCCUCUCGCUCAAAAAAGAAAACUGACUUCACACUGCAUUCUUUUUGACAAGUUCAAUUGUUUAGUAUUAUAUGUUUAUUCAAUAAUAUUUAGCUAGUAUAUCAAUACUAUUAUUUACUUUUAAAAUGGGUUUUUAUAACCCAACAGUAGUUGGUUGAAGUGAAAGGGGACUUUGGCCCUAGAUGAAUUUUACUCGUGAUGUCAAGGGUUGAAUCACUGAAGUCCUCACUCUAGUGAAGGAUCACCUGAGGGAAAUCCCAUAACAAUGCUGAGGGUAUUCCUGGUCAAAGGAUUCUCUCAUUGUGCCCAAAUUCAAAUCCCACAUAUCUUUAGUUGUUUUA